AUGUCUAAUCCUGAGACAGAUAUCUUGGACUCGUUAUCCUCCGAACUCUCUCAGCAGCUGAAGGAUUACAUAGAUCAAACCUUACUCGAGAUUAUACGGCCGAAUUCUGCGUCUCAGUUUGCACAUGAUGCUCCCGAGUUGGCAAAAUUCCGCGAGGCUGUCGCGCAGAGCGACUCGAAGGAUGAUAUAGAAUUCCUACGCAGCUUCCGAGAAUUCGUUACCCUCACAAACUACAAACACUACCAGCCAUUCACAGCAAAGUUUUUUGCGACCCCUUGCAAGGAGGCUGACGUGAAGAACAUGUUCGCCCCAGGACUGCCCUACUUCAUAGCCAUGUCCAGCAUGACAUCCGGCAACACAGCGAAGACAUUCCCAAUAUAUCGGCAUGCCCAGCGCCUUGCGAAUAACCCUUUACAUUUUUCCCGUUCAGAGGGUAGCACCUUAUCACUAACUUCCUUGGAUUUUUGGCAAAACCUGAAAUUAGAUUGCGAGGACGGUCAGAAGCCGUUGCCGGUCUGCUCUGUGACCAUCGGUGCUCUGCGAAUGCAAAUGAACUGGGACAUCGAGCACGAUAUGGAUAGACUCGAUAUGUGGGUUCCCGGAAAAACGGCUCCAUACGCGGUUUCUUUGGUUAAGAGCUAUCGGUCUUUCUUUGUUCUGAAUGCGCUAUUUGCAUUGGCAGACCGUGGGGUGACAACCGCCGCCUUCACCUUCGGCAAUACAUUCCUCAGUUUUUUGCAGUACGUGGAGGAUGAGUGGGAUAUACUUGUCGACUGCAUCGAGAAAGGGAUCAUCCCGGACAUUGAACAGAUAGACCACGUGCGAGAGGCUUUAGAGAAACUUUUCAAACCGAACCCUACUCGUGCGGCCGAACUUCGCGAAAUUGGGCCUCCUGUCAUCCACGGCUGGGCAGUCCGUGUGUGGCCUAAUUUGAACAAGUUUGUUGGGAUCACUGGAGGUCCUGGUGCUAUUGCGUAUAUCCUUGGACCUUCUGUCCGCACCCAGGGUGCUGGUUAUGGCGGCUCAGAGGCUGGCAUCGCGAUACCAUACCAGAAAGGCAACCCUAGUACGGACUUCAAGAUAGUUUUUGUGGAUGGGGUCAUCGAGUUUCUGGACGUGCAAUCCAGCGAGCCUUUGGAGCAUAUAUUGUCUGCUCACGAAGUUGUAGCUGGAGGACAAUACGAGCCCAUCUUGACGACCCGCAAUGGCUUGUGGAGAUACAGCCUCGGUGAUGUCAUCACCGUUAAAGGCUUUGCGCCAGAGGACGGAUUACCUAUUAUCAAUUACCUUCACAGGCGAGAUGGCGCACUUGCGCAGACAUUUGGAACGACGUGUUCAGAGUCGCAAUUAACGAACGCGAUCGUCUCUGCCGCUCGAUACAUCGGCCAGAUCACAGAUUUCACUAUUGUGAGCGACGACCGAGAGGCGACUAUUGCUUAUGGGUACUUGGUAGAAAUUGGAGGGGAAAUAGUACAGGACACGAGGGUGGCGACACAGCACGCUUUUGACCAUCUCAUGCGGGCAAACGCUGAGUAUCGCUUUACUUUCUUCCAAGGCAGAUCAAGACAGCCAACCAUCCGUCUCGUGGAGAAAGGCACAUUCACGGAAUAUCGCAGGCAGAAAUGCGAGAAGACGAACGUCUCGAUGGGUCAGCUGAAGAUUCCCGUUGUCAUAUCCGACCCAGCCCUUAAGGAAUGGUUCCUGGAAAAAGUUAUAAUGGAGCUGUAA